UUCUAAAAAGAAUACAUUAUUCCUUUCUCUCUCUUAAUAACCUCUUUCAUACCCUAUCCCAAUCUCAUCAUCAAUGGCGCCCAAGGCAGAGAAGAAGCCAGCGGAGAAGAAGCCGGUAGAAGAGAAGAAGUCCGCCGUCACCGAGAAGUCUCCGGCGGAGAAGAAGCCAAAGGCCGGUAAGAAGCUUCCAAAGGACGUCGGCGCUGCGGCUGCUGGAGACAAGAAGAAGAAGAGAAACAAGAAGAGCAUUGAAACGUACAAGAUCUACAUCUUCAAGGUUUUGAAGCAGGUUCAUCCUGACGUCGGGAUCUCGAGCAAGGCGAUGGGAAUCAUGAACAGCUUCAUCAAUGAUAUAUUCGAGAAGCUUGCUCAGGAAAGUUCUAAACUUGCUCGUUACAAUAAGAAACCCACAAUUACCUCUCGCGAGAUUCAAACUGCUGUUAGGCUUGUUCUUCCCGGUGAAUUGGCUAAGCAUGCUGUUUCUGAAGGUACUAAGGCUGUUACCAAGUUCACUAGCUCUUGAUUGAAUUCAAAUUGGGAUUAGGGUUUACCUUUUUAUCUAUGUCCUAAUUUAGAAUUAGGGGUUAGGGUUUCUCUGUUGCUUUUGUUUCUAAUUGGAUGUAUAUGAAUUAUCUUGAUAUUGCUAUGAAAUGGAAUUUCUUUCUUAUUAAAA